GUAAUUCCAGGGAUGCGUAAGUAGUAUUGGUCCUCUUCUUCGUCUCGCCUCCGGACGAAUCAAUGUCCGCCGCCGCUCACGUUGCGUCCGCUCCGGCGUGUCCCUUUCUCAUUCCGACACAACUCGGCCGCCGCGCGCCUAUUGGAUUGCAGGCUCCGGGCCAAACCCACCGUGUCCACCGGCUACGGGUGCAGCACUCUGCCCUCGCCUGCCGCCAACUCCGCCUUCACCGCCCUAAUUCCCGCAUCUUCCUCCUUUCCUGCGCCGCGGGUGAUGCUGCUGCCUCCGAGUCACUUCCUGGUUCUUCCUCGUCUCAGGAAAUAAAACUUCCUAGGAGGAAUUUGCUGGUCGAAUUCACAUGUGACUCAUGCGGUGAAAGAACCAGGAGGCUCAUCAAUAGAGUUGCAUAUGAAAAAGGAACAAUAUUUUUACAGUGUGGAGGGUGUCUGGUAUAUCACAAAUUUGUUGAUAACCUUGGUCUUGUGGUUGAGUACGAUAUGCGUGAGGAUUCAGGUUCAGAUUCUGAUCAGUAGGCGGAGAAUGGCUACAAAUUCAGGCAUUUAAUCUCGGAAUCCAAAGGUGGUAGUUUUGCAGCGGCAAUGUACAAACACAACCUCAUAUGUUCAUCCAAUCUACUUUUAUACAUUGUCUGCCCAUGCCAAUCUGUACAUUUGGGGACAAGAAGCAAACUUGUAUGAGAAUUGUAAUUUUAUUGGGUUUCAUAGAUUUUUCGUGAAGACAGCUUAGCGAGCUUAGCAAGUUGUAGUUUCUUCUUAAUCCUGCCUGGGAUGUCAAUGUAACCAUUGCGGAGGAAUUUUUUGUGAAAAAGAACACUGGUUAAAUCCUUUUAGAACCUCAUGAUAUAAAAUGAAAAGUGAGUGGAAUUUAUACGACA